GAGGACACUGGGCUCUGCUGGUGCCUGUUCCUGGCCUGUCCCCUCCCGCGUGGCCACUGCGCUGUGCCACAAGGACAAGUUUACCACCCAGAGCCAGGUUUUGUCACCCGGAGCCUGGCUUUAUCACACAYAGCCAAGAUUUGUCACGCAGAGUCGAGAUUCGUCACUCGGAGCUGGACUUUGUUACCUAGAGCCGGGCUUUGCCACUUAGAGCUGAGAUUUGCCACCCAGAGCCGAGAUUUGUCACCCGGAGCCGAGAUUUGUCACCCAGAGCCGGGCUGUGCCGUGUUUUGCCGAGCUUUGCCGCGUGGUGCCGGGCGGGCGGGAGGCUGGUCCAUGGCUCGGUGCCACUCGGGUAAAUAUUUUGCUGGAGCGGUGGCUGCUGGCCCGCGGCCACCCGCAGCCGUUGGAGCACCGGGAGAUCCGGGGGACGGAGCCAGUUCCCAGCUCCCCCUUCCUCGUUCCUGYUCAGAGGCGGCUGCCAUCGACACCGCCCCGGGACAUCCCAGGAGGGGACRAGCCACCCCUCCGGGCUGAUGGCCACUCCGCUGUCCCCCCUGCGUGGGGACCUCCUGGUUGUGUAGGGUCGGGAGAGGUGCUCUCGAUGUCCCCUCGAUGUCCCCUCGAUGUUCUCUCGAUGUCCCCCGGUCCCUGCCUGGAACGCGCAGCCCUGGUGCCGAGCGUUGUCCUGGGGGAUGAGCCCCCGCUUCCCCAGGGGGAUAAAUGUGCGCUCCGUGGGGUUUUCUAUGGGGAAAAUCACCAAAAGCUGGGGAAGAGCCGGCACAGGUGGGCACAGCCCCGGGUGAAGACACAGCCCCCCACCCCCGGCAUCCCGGGGGCUGCAGCUGGGGCUGAGGGGGCGACCCCCGGCACACGGGCGAUGGGAUGUUUCGGGAGUCCCAUGUCCCCACAGAUGUCCCCUGUACAUAUCCCCGGAGUGGUGUCCCUAUCCCGUGUGGCACAGAGUAGCCGGGGGGGUAGGGAAAUUUUGCCGCUGCCCACACAGGGGUGGGGGCGGCUGUCCCCCUGUCCCCUGCCCCCCAACCUCUGGGGAGGCUCAGGAACGAGGGACAGGGACACAYAUGGAGCCACCCGUCUCUGUCCCAUCCCAACCGGCCGCGGUUGCCGGCGUCCCCCACGGCAGGGAAGGGGUUAAGGACCCCCCACAGGUUGGCUGAACCCCCUGGGGGGCUCCCCAAGGGCUCAUUACCGCGGCCUCAGCCCCCCUGCCCGGGGAGGGGGGGAUGAAUAAUUCAGCGCCUGGUAGGAAGACGUGUCCUCCCUCCCUCUCCUUCCUCCUCCUCCUCCUCCUCCUCACCGGCUCUGCCUUCCCCACCUCCCGCCACUCUCAUUCCUCGCCGUACCGAGCCCCGGGUGCCACCGAGCUCCGCUCGGUACCGGUGGCAAAGACCCCCCGGCUGCGGUGACUCCCGGCCAAGGCCAUGGACCCCAAGGAGCGCAAGAAGAUCCAGUUCUCCGUGCCGGCCCCYCCGAGCAACCUGGACCCCCGCGCCGUCGAGAUGAUCCGCCGGCGGAGGCCCACGCCGGCCAUGCUCUUCCAGCUCUCCGAACAUUCCUCGCCAGAGGACGAGUCCCUGCCCUACCAGCGCUCUUCGGGCGAGGGCUGCCUGCUCAAACCAAAGAGGACCAACCCGUGUGCCUACACCCCGCCCUCGCUCAAAGCGGUGCAGCGCAUCGUGCAGUCCCACCUGGAGGAGAGCGGCUUGGGCGGGGGUGACAGCUCCGACGGGGAGCCCGAUGACGGCUGCGACCCCGACAGUGCCCUCGAGUCUGGACUGGGGGUCCCCUCACUCUGGGGGUCCCCGUGCCCACCGUGCUCAGGCGGACAGAAGGUGUCCUUCGCCGGCGGCAUCGACGAGCGCGAGGAGGACCUGAAGUCGCUGACGGUGUCGGAGAUCCCCGAGGACCCCGAGGGAGCAGAGGGUGACGAGGACGACCCGGAGCAGGACGGCGGCACCGGGGAGCGGCGACACGUCGGCUUCACYGAGGUGCCAUCGCGCCCCAUCGGCACCGAGCGCCACUCGCCCACCUUCCCGCUGGGCACCAGUUAGCUGGCACCGGGCACCGGGCACCGGCCCCCCGGCCCCUCCGGCCCCCGCAGCUUCGCCUGUGCCCCCCGCCCGGCCGCCCCCCGCCCGCUGCCUGCGCUUCGUCUGCCGUGCGCCACCGUGCCGCGCCAUGCUGGGCCGCGCCGGGACACGUCGG